UUCACAGCUUUUACACUUCCUGCUCAGCUCUGUUAUCUGGCCCAACAUGUGAAUUAUGGGAAACCUUCAGCUUAUGCUCACCUCGGUUUCUGGGAUACACUUCAGUUGCAGUUCAUACGUCUCUGGGGCCAGCUUCGUUGGUGUGGCGUUGAUCCUUCCCUCCAGUAUCGUGCUUAUCAGCACCACCGAUUGACAAUACCGACAGCCGUCCACCAAACUUGGACGACUUUUUGGGCCUUUACACACAAACGACGGCCAACUCGGGGCUUCCACAAAGCCGUCAAUCUCGGUCUGGGUCCAGGAGCCGAGGCGUGA